AUGGUGGCUCACACCAAACUGAUCGUUGUUGGAGAUGGAGGUAUUGGCAAAAGUUGUCUGCUCAUUGCAAGCGCUACUGGGAAAUUUCCGCACGAGUAUGUCCCUACCGUGUUUGGAAGUUGGGUCAGUGAGCUCCGACUGAACGGGAAUGACUACGAGAUUGCCUUGUGGGAUACCGCCGGUCAGGAAGAUUACGACAGGCUGAGGCCGAUGUCCUACCCGGGUAGUGACGUCAUUUGCAUCUGCUUCGCCGUGGACAACAGGGACUCCUUUGAGAACAUCACAGAAAAGUGGAUCCCAGAACUUCAACACCACAUCCCAAAUGUGCCUAAAAUGCUUGUGGCGUGUAAAACAGACCUGCGAUAUACAAGUACUGGGGAUUAUGUGACGUAUGCUGAGGGGUCAAAGGUCGCCCAAGACUUGGAACUACGGUACCAAGAAACCAGUGCUUUGACUCGAGACGGACUUACGGCAUGCUUUAAUAGAGCGAUCAUAGAAGCCAAUCAAGGGAUUGUAGCACGCCGGAGGAAGAAAGACCGAUUACAGUUUUUUAGGAGACCGAAGAAAGAGAUUCCUAGCCCACCCACAAUGCCACCAGCAGAAAAGGCCCCUCGGGUUGAGGUAGAAGCUUCCCGGUUCGCUGACGACUGGCGUGGGGUGCUGGAGAAACCCCGACAUUUUGAUGUGACAUUUAUACUCGGCGGAGGUCAGCGACUAGAGGCUAACAAACUUGUACUGUGUUCGUCCUCGUCGUUCUUCUGUCGGCUCUUCGGGAUGACGCGCUAUGAUCAGAAUGACCAAAAGAAAAAUUUCGGUCGCUUGGAACCAUUCUCAAUGGAGGAUAUGAAUAACGGUGUUAUUAAGGGUAUAUAUGCUGUAUAUGAAAAAGGGACGAUCAUCUGUGCCAAAGGUCAACGUCGGCGCCACACAGUUAUAAAGCUGGCUUCUGAUAUUACAUAUACAACGUUUACUAGAGUGCUGGAAUUUCUAUACACGGGGACUCCAAAUCUUCCCGAUAGCCACAAUGACGUCAAUCUGGAUGCCGUAAAUGACAUCACUAAAGUAUCGAAGAUUUUCCAGAUGACGAGAUUAAAUGAGAUCUGCCAAAACUAUGUUAUGGAUCACGGCUUUUUGAAUACUAGUAUUGGAACAUGUCUGAACAAUGACACUGGACAGAGGAUGAAGGAUCUUUAUUUCAACAAUCCAGAAUAUGCUGAUGUCGCGUUUAAAGUUCAAGGUCAGACAAUUUAUGCCCACAAAGUCGUCUUAUGUGCACGAUGUCGAGCCAUGGCGACUAUGUUCGGGGGUCAGUUUCGGGAAGGAAAGAAGGCAGUGACGGAGGUGGAUAUUCCCGCUACAUCCGUGGAGUGUUUUCUGGCCCUACUGGAGUACUUGUACACCGAUCACUCACCCAUACAGGAGGUCGACGUCAUGGGACUCAUUGUUCUCGCGGAUUUAUACGAUCAGAAAGGGCUCAUGAAUAUCUGUGAACUAUACGUUACGAAAGAAGUCGAUAGAAGCGUAACCAAACGAAUAGAACAGGCUGAGAUUGACGUCAUAGGAUUACUUUUAACAUCACAGAUGUACAACGCCAACCAGUUGACCGCAUGGUGCUUGCACUUCAUCUCCAGUAAUUAUACAGCAUUCAAACGCAAACCUGAAUUCGAUCAGCUCAAGGGAGAUAACUUAGACAUAGUGAAGAAAAGACAGUGGCCUCCCAGUUCCUAUCUCGAAGAAGUUGCAGAAUACGACAAGAAAUGGGCAGGAAAUGGCGUAGAAUGUUCCUUGAUGUGACACAAUUACAGUGCGUCACUGUUUGUUAUUGGUAUUUAUUUGUUAUUGAUUUAUGUGUUUGUUAUUGUUAAUGUUAAGAUAUACAUGUAGAUAUUUUGCGAAGAAAUAAAAAAGAGGUUAAUUUACGG